AUGAGGUGGCUCAUUAACUUCAUUUGGCUCACUUGGCUCUCAGUCUCAUUCGCUGUACAAGUUCCACUUGUCAAAAGACAAGCUGUUGCAAGUUCAAGCUGUGCACUUCGUGAAAAUACAUGGGGAAUAUGCUCACCAAGCUCUACUGAUAUUUGGUACAACGGUACUUUUUACGAAAUAACCUGGAAGUACAAUAAUGCCAUGUAUUCGAAUUUUAUGUACCUCGAUCUUUACCUCCUUUAUUACAACAACACGCAAUAUACCACCAUCAAAACGUGGCCAGAUUUAACCAAUACUCAGGGCGCCCUUGUACAACAAGUGGACAAAACGUGGUUUCCUACCCAACUUCCAGACAACUCUCCCAAUCGAUCAUGGACCAUGACAAUGUAUAUGCUGGGUGCUGGAGUAGAUCUGGAGACAGAACUCUCAAAAAUUGACACUUCAGAAACCCUCUACCCUCUACCAACCGCAUUUACUCUUGUUCAAAACGCAUACAAUACCACAAAUGUCAGCACAGCCACUUUCCCAAGCACCUCCGAUUCGCCUGCCGCACCGAGCACGACCACCCUCGCAAACGCACCAGACCAAUCUGUGUCUGAUUCAGACAGCUCUUUAGAACCUUGGGCAAUCGGUGUCAUUUCCACCGCGUGUGUACUAGUUGUAGCAGUAAUUUUAGGCAUCAUCUGGGCUGCCCGUAAAAUGCGCAAGAAUAAGAAACGUGACAAUAAUAAUUCCGGUAACGAAGAAAAACGAGCAAUGUUCAACGCCUCACAGCAACCGCAACAGCAACAGGACCAACAAAAUCACCAUAGCAAUAGCCAGUCUUCACCAAUCGAGACUUCGGACACAGUGCUUGUUGCACCUACCACUCUCCAACGGCAAUUCGAUACCGGCGGAUCAACCGACAACAGAGACAUUGCGUCGAUAAAUUCAGCGACUCCAAUGAUGCAACAAGGUUCAUUCUCGAUGCGUAGUUCACCUGUCACCUUGACACCUGUCGGACCACGCAAUCAGCUUGAAAUCGAGCUUGAAAAGGCAACUAUCAGCCACGCCUUACAACAACAACAACAACAACAACAACAACAUAAAGACCUGGCUCAUCAGUCAAGCAGUAUUCUAAGUUCUACAGAUGCAUUAUUGAUCGCAGAUACCUUUAGACAGUUUAUGCGGAAACCUGAGUGGAAUGAGCACACCGAAGACGAUCUGGAACUUCAAGAGAAAGCGCAGGACGCAGAAGAAGAGAAGAAACGCUUGGGAAAUCAACUUCUUUUACGGCAUUUAGAGAAUGAAGGCACAUCAGUACACACAGUAGAGAAACGCCCGGCAUUAAAAAACGAUAAUCAAGACAAUACAUCUUGA